AUGAACCAGGGCAUGUGGGUGUCACUGUUGAUGCUCCUUUGGGCAGGGCAGAGUUGGACAGACACAAGGACCAUUGGGGCAGAAGAAUGCACUCCACACUCACAGCCCUGGCAAGCUGGCCUCUUUUUCCUCACCCGUCUCUUCUGUGGUGCCACUCUGCUCAAUGACCGAUGGCUACUCACCGCUGCCCAUUGCCGAAAACCGUACCUCUGGGUGCGGCUUGGGGAACAUCACUUGUGGCAAUGGGAAGGUCCAGAGCAGCUGUUCCGUGUCACUGAUUUCUUCCCCCACCCAGACUUCAACAGUGACCUCAGUGCCCGUGAUCAUAACCAUGACAUUAUGCUGAUCCGCCUAAAGCGUCCAGCCAUGUUGGGUCCAGCUGUGCAGCCCCUCAACAUCAGCAAGAAUUGUGUCCGACCUGGCACCACUUGUCUGAUCUCUGGCUGGGGAGCCAUCUCCAGUCCUGAUGUGGAGUACCCGCUCACGCUUCAGUGCGCCAACAUCAGCGUUCUGGAGCCCCGGCUGUGCCACAGAGCCUACCCUGGUCGAAUAACUUCCAAUAUGGUCUGUGCUGGUCUUUGGGAGGGAGGCCGAGGCUCCUGCCAGGGAGACUCCGGGGGCCCUCUGGUCUGUAACGGUGCCUUAGCCGGCAUAGUGUCGGGGGGAGCCGAGCCCUGCUCUAAACCCAAGAGACCAUCAGUCUACACUGCCGUCUGCUCCUACAGAGAAUGGAUCCACAAAACCAUGCAAGAGAACUCAACGUGA